AGAACAACUGAUGGCAGGUCUGAGCCUAUCGGGAUUCAAGGUAUUUCUCUUACAAAAAGCCUGGAAGAAGUAUGGUCACACCAGCAGAGCAGGAUCUUGCUCUGUCAGAACAGGAGUUGGAAAUGAGAGAGGUGGCAGCUGAUGGAACAGUGUAACUGUAAAUCUCUGUUGCUUUUUGUCAGCUGUGUUGUUGUUUUCAAUGGAUAAAGCUGCUUUUUGAGUUACAUUCGAGGAACUUCUUUUUUUUUUGUUUGUUUGUUUUCUGACUUGAUUGUGUUUUGUUCUGUGGAGGUGUUACAAUUGUUCUUGAUUUCAAUAUUUAGUUUUUUUAGGUCCAUGGGACGUUAAAGUAUUCCAAAGACUAAGGAAAGCAAUCAUUCGAAACCAGACAUUAUUCCUGCCUUGCCUCAGAGCCAAUUAUUUAAACUGAAAUAUGGGUUUAAUUAUUGCUUUAAUUUCUUCUUCCACUUCUUUUUAUUUAUUUUUUUUAAGGUGGAUUUGCAUUACUCCUGCAAAUGCAUUGGUUUAUGAACAGCUUUGUAUAGAGGGUCUCUGUUGGAUACUAUUCACCCAAUCCCAUUUCACUUGUGGGAAAGGGAUUGAAAACCCUGCCCCAAAAAAUGCUAUGUUUAUAACAUGGUGAUUUCAGUGGUUCCUGACAGAGAAGCACAGCUGGCAGGGCUUCAGUGGUUAGGUAACAGAGCAGAAGUGUUAUUUAAUCUGCUUGUGACUUGCUUCCUUGUGAUGAUAUGCAGAUAAAUAGACCCAUAUCUUCACAGUGAAACAAAAGCAAACAGAGGAGAAUGGAAGCUUUUAAACUUCUGGAAAUGGUUUUCCUCACGCUUUCAGAAUUCUGAAGCAGUAACAAAUGUUUUGUGGUCUCAUUUUACGUCAUCAGAGAGGGAUUCAAUUGGCAGAACAAGAUACACUCUCUGUUGAUUUUUAACUUGCCCAAGGAAACCAGGAAUAAAAAAACUUCAGAAACAAGCCCAAGACUGGAUUAUUACUUCUGUGUUAGAUUGAAAGUGCCCAGGAACCUCUGAGACCUUUGUUUGGGUUCGUUUCUGCAUAAUAACAGAGUUAUUGCAGAACUGGGAUACUCAAUCGUAGAUUUUCACAGUAGCGGAAAUGGAAACAGUAAUAAUAGUAUCUGGCCAUGAAAAUACAGCAUCUCUGUCGUGUCUUCAUCAGUUCCUAGAGCUAGGGGAAGAAAAAGCAGGCAGGUUUGUCCUGUCUGUCCAUUGAUGGAGAACUGCAUUACCGUGUUUUUUUGGAAUGGAAAAACUCCCUUUUUUUUGCUUAACUUUUUCCCAGAUGCAGCUUAAAAAAGCAAAUUUUCACAGUUAGUUGCAAGUUGAUCUUUUAUGACAUAUGUGUCCUAUGUCAUUUACAAGGUAUUAUAUCCUUUGCAGGUAUGUUGGUUUGUUUUGGGAUUUUAGUGAUAUUAAAGUCAGAUACUCAAAUGCAGCCUUAGGAAAAACAUAUCCAUCUUGUCUGUACCUACUUAUUUAAACAGAAAAAAUAUCCAUGCUUCAAAUUAUUUAUAGGAGUCCCCAAAGACCUGUUUUUAUGUACACAUGUGGAAGGGCUCCAUUAUAAAACUUCAAAGCUUUUUAAAAGCACUUUUCAAAGGGGCAGAGAAAUUUGAAAGAAAGUAUAACUCAGUGGAGCUAACUAUAUGUUGUAUUUGAGUUAAAACGUCUAGGAAAAAAGUGGCUUGAUUAAAUAAUUCCUUAUUCUCUCAUGGCAUUUUGGCUCUCUUGCACAUACACUCCGGUGCCAGUUAUUUCUGCUUGGGUUGCUCUUCUCUGCUUGAGAAUACUUGUUAGAUUCUGGGUGAGAUAUGGUAUAAUUAUCUGCCUCAAAGCCUUUAGAAAUCUGACUUGGUUUUGCUCUCGGAUUCCUAUGGUCUAUUGCUGACUUUUUUUUCAUACUGUUUCAAAUAAUGGUUUUUUCAUGAUGUCAUUUUUUUUACAUUCUGUCAACGUAUUGAAAUGUAAGACAUAAAAAUAUUUUUUUGAGUUGGUAGAGUAGUUAAAAAAUAAGAUCAUUUAAUUGGAAAGCUACAUAGCAACUGUGUGAAGUCUCAGGCAAUAUUUUAUAUUCAUUAUUCUGUGACCCAAAUCCAUUCUCGUGCUCUGUUGUGGAUGACUGGCAGUUCUUAAUUUAAUUUAUCCAUCUUCUUUCACAAAUUAGGAUAAGCUAUGGAUUUAAUACAUUCUUUUGUACAAUAAUAUGUAAUAAGUGUAUCAAGGAAUACAGAAGACAGCAAAGAUUAUCAGAUGCUAAAGCUCUGGAGAAUUUGGAGCAUUGUUAGUGCUAUCUAGAAAAUGUUUAUGGAUCAUGUUUGCAGAGAACAAAAAGAACAACCAUUGCCCACCCCUCUUAACAAUCUGUCUGUUUUGGAUUGAAAUUUAAGGUGCUUUGGGCUACAUCAAUGUUUUUUUUUUUUUCCUCAGUAUGAAAUAGGAUCUGGAUUUUAUUUAAAAAGUAAAUAUUUUAAAAGCAUAAUGGUGGAGUAGUUAACAUAGUGUUUCUUAUAACAACAGUCAUUAUAUGAUGUGUGUAUUUAGGCACUUUUAUCAGUUUACAAUCUUUUCUAAUGUCUGGUAAUGAAUCGAGUGGAACUUGAAGCCUGAGUGAGUAGCACUAUUAACUGAAGUAUAUAUUAACGAAAGGUGGAAUUAUUAACUACUCCUCCUUAUUGCCUGUAGAGGGUUUAAGGAUUCGUAGCUCAGAGACUUUUGUUUGCUCUUUUUUGUUUGGCUGAUUUCUAUCGUCUUAUCUUAGCAAGAUAAUUAGGACAGCAGUUCACUUAAGAAGGUAGCUUUGUUGUUGGACUGAAAAUCACAGUGUGUGUCCUAGCCUUUUAUCUGGUUCUGCAGUAACUCAUACGUUUGCUUGGAUUAUUUAUGUGGAUGAAGCCAAUGUCUUGUUAAGUAAAUGAAUUACAUUGUGAGCCUAUAGAAACUGGUAGAUUUAUUGACUCUUCUUCCAGUAACAUACUUUAAUGUUGUCAGAUGAAAAUAUGAAUAGUCCAUUUUCAUCUUUUACAGCAUUCUAAAAAUUGGAUUUAUUUUAUACACUGUUGUCAAUAAAAUCUAUUUUUGUGUUUAUCUAUACCUGAGUCACUCAGGAGCUUUUAUUCCCCAUUGCUAUAAUGUUCACUGUAUAUUCAUCUUAAAACUGCGUGGAGCUGCAAUUUCAUUCACAUUUCUUUCACAUUUUUUCUUACUGCCUAUUGAAUUGUAUUGAAAUGUCACAGUGCAAUUUUGUCUUAAUAUUUUGAUUCUCUUGCUCAUAGCAUAGUCACAAAAAUUUGCAGAGAUUUCUAGGAUUAUAAGAGAGAAAAUGCUUCACUGAGACAUGGCUGCUUAAAUACGGUCCUGUAUGAGAAUUUUUUUUUUCUCUCAAUCACAGGAAGAGCAAUUUUCUUCUUGUGCUUUCCAGUCUUUUAUCCAGGCCUUGCCUUUUAGGGAAAUUCUUCUCUGUGCUGUCACUAGCAUGCCUGUAACUGUGUGGUGUAAAAAGUCAGUGUACCUGUUGGUACUGACAAAAUGUCUGGAGACUGUAGAGAAACAAGUAAUUACAGAAGGAAAUGAGUUGCAGCUAUGAUGCAAGGAGAAAGUUAGCAGUGCAAGGUGCAAAGCACGAAGCUGAGCAAGCAUGUACAGAAACACCUUGGGUUAACAUCCCUUGACAGUGACUGUUUAAAAGAGGGAAAACAAAGUGCAGAAAUGCAUGGCACAAACAAGGUAGUGAUACCCUUUGGGCAAGAAGUAGUACAUGGAAGAGUAAAGGAUGUGCAGAAAAGGGUUAGAUAUGUGGGAAGUGGAAGGAAGCAGAAGGAAGGUGUGGUGAGAGUAGGUGGCUUAUGCUGUAGGAAGGGAAGUAGAGGCAUCACAUGCAUGAAAAGACACCUGGGGAGAAAUGAGCAGUUCCCUUGUGGCUGUAGGUGAUAUCAGGAGGAGAGAAAGUCCAUGGGGCAAGGAAGGGGUCAGUGCAGCAGCCCCCAGCACACAGGGGGAACUGUUCAGCAGUCUGGUGGUGGCUUAACUGAGAGUGCUUUAUAUUGUGCUUCAUAUUUAGUUCAUUGAUGGAAUGGACAUAUAAGCAACUGCAUCUAUGUCAGAAUGUCUUAUUAAUUGAAAAAGUAACAGAAUACCUGUUAAAAUAGAGCAGUAGUAUUCUUAUUUGUUUAACACUUCAGUCUUGAAGCUGCAGUACUGUAUCUAGUUCUGGAGUCCCCAGAUCAAAAAAGACAAGAAACUACUGGAGAGAGUCCAGCAGAUGGCCACAAAGAUGAUGUGGGGCCAGAGCCAUCUCCCUUAUGAACAAAGACUGAGAGACAUGUGGCUGUUCAGCCUGGAGAAGAGAAAGCUAAGCGGGGAUCUCAUCAAUGCUUAUACAUACCUAAAAGGCAGGUAUCAAGUGGGUGAGGCCAGGUUCUUUUUGGUGGUGCCCAGUGACAGGAUAAGGGGCAACAGGCACAGGAAGUUCCAUCAGAACAUGAAAAAGAACUUCUGUACUGUGUGGUUGGCAGAGCGCUGGAACAGACGGCCCAGAGAGAGGGAAACGAAAGGUCAGUUUCUCAUAGAUCACAUCUGCAACUAUUACAGCUUGCUGGAAAAGGAUUAUUUUGGCAUUCGAUAUGUUGACCCUGAGAAGCAGAGGCACUGGCUUGAGCCCAACAAGUCCAUCUUCAAGCAAAUGAAAUCUCAUCCACCAUAUACCAUGUGCUUUAGAGUGAAAUUCUACCCUCAUGAACCCUUGAAGAUUAAAGAAGAGCUCACCAGAUACCUCUUAUACCUACAAAUAAAAAGGGAUAUUUUCCAUGGCCGUUUGCUGUGUUCCUUUUCUGAUGCUGCCUACCUGGGUGCCUGUAUUGUCCAAGCUGAACUUGGUGAUUACGAUCCUGAUGAACACCCAGAGAAUUAUAUGAAUGACUUCAAGAUUUUCCCCAAACAGUCACAAAAGCUUGAGAAGAAAAUUGCUGAAAUACAUAAAAAUGAAUUCAGAGGUCAGAGCCCAGCUGUUUCUGAAUUUAAGUUGCUCCUGAAAGCACAUUCAUUAGAAACUUAUGGUGUUGAUCCUCAUCCUUGCAAGGACUCUACGGGAACAACUACGUUUUUAGGAUUCACAGCUGCAGGAUUUGUAGUUUUUCAGGGGAACAAACGAAUUCAUCUGUUAAAAUGGUGUGAUGUCUACAAGCUGAAAUUUGAAGGGAAGACUUUUUAUGUGUUUGGAGCACAAAAGGAGAAAAAGGCUGUGCUGACAUUCCAUACCUCAACACCAGCAGCCUGUAAGCAUCUUUGGAAGUGUGGGGUGGAGAACCAGGCUUUUUACAAGUAUGCAAAAUCUAGCCAGAUCAAGACCAUGUCCAGCAGCAAAAUAUUUUUUAAAGGCAGCAGAUUUCGUUAUAGUGGAAAAGUAGCCAAAGAGGUGGUGGAGGCAAGCUCUAAAAUCCAGAGGGAACCUCCAGAAGUUCACAGAACCAGCAUUACGCAGAGUCGCAGCUCUCCCUCCCUGAACAAGCAACUCAUAAUUAAUAUGGAACCUUUGCAGCCUCUUCUUCCUUCUCCAUGUGAAGAGGAAGAGGUUCCUUUAGAUGAAGAUAUCCAACUGCCAAAGGAAGAUGAGAUUUCAGUUCCUGUGACUUCCAGCUCCCCAGUUAAGAACACUGGGGACAAUACUGAUCAUGCCAUCGAACAGGAAGAGAAGAUGAAAGAGGAACCUUUAACCAUCUCAGAACUGGUAUAUAAUCCCAGUGCCAGCUUGCUGCCCACUCCAGUUGAUGAUGAGAUUGACAUGCUCUUUGAUACCUGUCCAAGAGCAGAGAAUGAGAAAGAUGAUACAGAUUCAUUUGAGGAACUGGAAGCAGAUGAAAAUGCCUUUAUGAUUGCAGAAGAAGAAGAGCUGAAAGAAGCUCGAAGAGCGCUUAGGUGGAGCUAUGACUUUGUAAUGGGCAACAUAGAGGUGAAUGCUUUUGUGAAGAGUUUCUCCAGACUUCUCCUUGUAGGCCUUGGACUGAUGUUGCUUGUGUUUCCUCUUCUCCUUGUUCUCUUGGAGUCAGACCUUCAGAUCUCUUUUCUCCAUGAAAUCCGUCAGACACCAGAGUUUCAGCAAUUUCACAUUGAAUAUUACUGCCCACUUAGGCAGUGGGUGGCUUGCAAAAUAAACUUCAUUUGUGACAUGCUGGGCAGCUUUUAAAUUUUACAGAAAUAAUACUACUAAGGGCUAUAUUCAAAAUUUCAGUUAGUGCCGGCUUUCCAUAAUGCCCCUGGGGCCAUCAAUAGGUAGCUGUCUUCAUAUUCAGUUAUUAUCACACUUUUCAGGAUCUUAAGUUUCCUUCGCCCACUUAAAUUGCUCCUUUAGUUACAGGCUUAUAAAUUCACCUUUCAGUAACUUAAAAGAACCUUUAUUUUAAUUGCAUUUCAGUUUUUCUGCUCACUUAUUACAUUAUACAAGAUGGGGUAAUGAUAGGUUAAUCACCUUUAAUUGUAGAAUCCAUGACAUUAAAUGUAAUGUAACUGAAAGAGAAACUUUUUUGAAUAUACUCCUUAGUGCAGCGAUCUCUUCUAACCAAUGCCUAUGCCUAUACAAGCAAUGUUUAUGCUGGGUUUUUGGUUUUGGUUUGUUUUUUCUGUUUGUUUUUUUACAAUUUUAUGUGUUUAAAAUAUUUUGGUAAAUUUUUAGCAAAAGAUAACUUCUGAUGUUAUUUAAAUGUACAGAUUAGUAAGAAUAAUGCACAAGAACAUGAAGUUUAUUUUUGGUGUUUUAGCAAUGAUUUGUUUUUAAACUACUGGCUGGAGAAUGAAUGAGAUAGAAAUAGCUCUGUAGGAGAGACAGCGGUUUGGGAAAUAUAUAGAAGGUUCACUCAGGUUCAGUAGGGGCUGCCUGGGGGACAUUAAAUGACACGAAGUUUUCAGAAGAAUUUCUGAAAGGCUUAGUUGUAAGGCGUAGGGAAGAGAGCAGAAUUGAAAAUAAUGAUCCUUCUUGUUACGUCAGUUUGUCUUACAAUUUAUCAGUGCUUUAGAAAGUCUCUAUAUGAUAGUCCAAGUAUGUUUUGGAAGAGAGUGAGUCUUCAGUCUAAAUGUAGAUUAUUGUAUAUAACAUGGAAGAAGACAAUAGUAAGUAGGGGAAAAGAAAAAAAAAAAAAAAGAAAAAAAGCCAAAACCCUACCUAAAUCAGUAGAUGCGUGACCUAAUUUUAAAAAUGAUAGAGAAGAAACAUACAUGCAUUUUUAAAAGCAAAGCUUUAGACUGUACAGUUGACCUGAAAGUAUUCUACUGACUCACAGUUAAAGGAUUAAAUGCUUUAAGAGAUGCAUAUUUAUCCUUGAUGCCCUUUAUUACUAAUCUCCAAGACAACAUAUUUUCUGUGUGUACUGAUAUGCUUCCUUUUACAUAUAGCAGCAUACCUACCCUCUUUCCUAUUAGUGUACGCCUGGUUGCAGGACUUAAUGCUGUUUCAUGUAAGAUGAAUUUGUAUAUCUAGUUAUUCCAGUAUUGCUUAGAGAACAUACUUAAGUAAAAUCUUGUCAAUAGCUGAGAGCAUCUGAAGGCCCUCAGAUGUACCAGAGAGGUUCUAUCUAAGAAUCUUAGAGGAAGCUUUUGUUGUUUUUAUUUCCCCUGAUGUUAGAGCAGAUGUAUUUCGUAUUUAAAGUUGAGGGAACUCUGAUUUCGACCUCAGAGUCUUUCUCUUGCUUAGAGAUUUACAAAUGGAAGGCAUAUGUGAGACUGUUCUAUUAAGACAUACAUUUAAUAUAUUGUAACCACAGCUCUUAAUUCCUACUAAAUAAACUCCUUUAUUUUCAGUAUCAGAGAAUGGGCUUGGCUUUCUCAUGUAAGCCUUUACAAGUGUCUAGUUUGAAAAUGGUGAUUUCCUUACAAGAUUUCUCCUUUCCUUUCUAAACUUCUCCAGUUUUUAAAGAAUGAGACAGUUACAAGGGUUCAGGAGUUCCUUUUCUCAACAGAAAGCUUUCUGAUUGCUAUUCAUUUCUCUAGCAACAAAGGCUAAAAUGAAUUGCCUUUUCCUCUUGACUGACUUUUUCCCUGACAAUCUGUUCCACAGAAGAAUCAUUAUUGAUUUAGUUACUUGAUAAGGAUUUCAUCUUGUGCUACUUGUAGCUAAAUGAUCCUUUCCCAUGAGGUAAUAAUCAUUCAGCCUAGUAGAAAUGGAGAGUAAACUGAAGUAGAUAUUGGGUCUUAACAGGAAGUAAUUCACUGAUACUGUUUUGAAAGAAAGGUAUCAGAAAAGGUGUUGUACGUGGUGAAAACUGUGAAAGCUGGUGUCCUGCUGGACUACAGAGACAAGAUUCCAUGCAGGCUCCUGUUUAAGUCUGACAAUUGAUUUAAACAAAAAAUAAAUAAAACCCUAUGCUCUAAAAUAUAAUCUUGUUCCUGUAAAUUAUAGCACACAAGAAGUGGGAGUAUUGUUUUGCUUGAUUUAACUCUAUCAGAAAAUGAUCAAAUUGCAUGAGAAAGUAAUCUCAGAGACUGUGCAGUGUAGUGAGGUCUUACGUAGGGUUAAAUGCGAGAGUAUACGUGCACAUGUACUUACCUUUGCUACCUAUGUGCAUACAUCCAGGCCUGGCCUUCUGAAAAUCUUCUUUUUCUUUCUAUUAUUCUAUAGACCAUCAGCGUAAUUCAAAUGAAAGUCACAAGAGUCCUCUAACAUUAAAGGCCAGGAACACCUAAUGCGCGCAGAAGCAUAUAGUUGGGGAUACUCAGACAGAAUAGCAGUCUAGCAUCUUAUUGGUGAGGAUGACAGUUGGGUUAUGGAGUAUCUAUAGGUACAGUAUUGUGCAUUUCUGUCUGUGCUUGGAUUAUAUUGUAAAAUGUUAUGUACUUGAAAUCUAUUUUGUGGUUUGUCUAACAUUUAUAAACACAACUCUGGGAAGAAUUAAAUAUGGUUUUAUUUCAUUGGAGACUGGGGGGAUAAUAUAUCUGUAACUCGAGCCUUAUCUUUGUACAGUGAAUUUCACAUUUCUAUGUCAACAUCCUGAUUGUUUUGUAUGUUGAUAUGAUGGCAGGAAUCCCUAAUAAAAAUACACUGGAGAAAAA